UCGUCUCUCCUGGCGCUGCUGCUGCUGCUGGAGGGGGCGAUGCUCUCCUCGUCCCCUCCGCCCUCGGGACUGCUGGAGAAGCUCUUCCAGCACAUCGACCUGCAUCAGGAUGAGUUCGUGCAGACGCUGAAGGAGUGGGUGGCCAUUGAGAGCGAUUCUAUACAACCAGUACCUCGUCUCCGAAGGGAAAUCUUCCGGAUCAUGGCCUUGGCUGCAGACAGGCUCCAGCACCUGGGAGCUAGGGUGGAGUCUGUAGACUUGGAUUCUCAGCAGCUGCCUGAUGGUCAGAGUCUUCCUGUUCCUCCAAUCCUACUGGCCGAGCUAGGGGAUGAGCCAGAGAAACCCACCGUGUGCUUCUAUGGACAUCUGGAUGUUCAACCCGCUCAGCAGGAAGAUGGGUGGCUCACCGACCCGUACACACUAACGGAAGUGGACGGGAAACUGUAUGGACGAGGAGCAACGGACAACAAGGGCCCCGUCUUAGCGUGGAUGAACGCCGUGGGCACGUUCAGAGCCCUGCAGCAGGAGCUCCCUGUGAAUAUCAAGUUCAUUUUGGAAGGGAUGGAAGAGGCUGGUUCUGUUGCCCUGGAGGAACUUGUCAGGAAAGAAAAGGACAGCUUUUUCUCCAACGUGGACUACAUUGUGAUUUCAGAUAAUCUAUGGAUCAGCCGAAGGACGCCGGCGCUCAUCUUUGGAACCCGGGGGAAUAGCUAUUUCAUGGUGGAGGUGAAAUGCCGGGAUCAAGAUUUCCAUUCGGGAACCUUUGGUGGCAUCCUCAACGAACCAAUGGCUGACUUGGUGGCUCUUCUCGGCAGUCUAGUGGACUCAUCAGGACACAUUCUGAUCCCUGGAAUCUACGACCAAAUGGCUCCUCUUACUGAAGAGGAAAAGAAAAUGUAUGAAACCAUUGAUCUGGACCUAGAAGAAUACCAGAAUAGCAGCCAAGUGGAGAAAUUUUUGUUUGAUACCAAGGAAGAACUGCUAACACACCUUUGGAGGUACCCAUCUCUCUCUAUCCAUGGCAUCCAGGGUGCGUUCGAUGAUCCUGGAACAAAGACAGUCAUCCCUGGCCGAGUUAUAGGAAAAUUUUCAAUCCGCCUAGUCCCUCACAUGAAUCUAUCUCUGGUGGAAAAACAGGUGAAGCAGCAUCUUGAAGCUGUAUUCUCCAGAAGAAAUAGUUCCAACAAGAUGGCUGUUUCCAUGGUAAUUGGACUCCACCCUUGGAUUGCAAAUAUCAGUGAUACUCAGUAUCUCGCAGCAAAAAGAGCCAUCAGAACAGUGUUUGGAGUAGAGCCUGAUAUGAUCCAAGAUGGCUCAACCAUUCCAAUUGCCAGAACAUUCCAGGACAUCACCCAGAAGAGUGUGAUGAUGCUUCCGCUGGGGGCUGUGGAUGAUGGGGAGCACUCUCAGAACGAGAAGAUCAACAGGUGGAACUACAUAGAGGGUUCCAAGUUAUUUGCUGCCUUUUUCCUGGAGCUGUCGAAGCUCCACUAA